AUGUCAGAUGCCAGCGGCUACGAGUAUGAUGGAGGGACUGAGAUUAGCCCCAUCGAUGAGGCAGAGGUGCGCGCAGCUGUGCGGCAGGAUCUUGACAGGGGCAUCACCUCCUUUGUCGUCAGCGGCGUCUUCUCCCCAGUCAACAGCAGCCAGGAGACCAGGGUCAAGCAGAUUUUGGAGGAUGAGAUCCAUCAGGCAUCUACCGAGGGUGGGAAGCCCAUACAAGCGCACAUAACACUGAGUCAUGAGGUGGCUCAGCUGGGGAUACUGGAGCGUGAGAAUGCAGCUAUUCUGAAUGCUGCGUUGCGUCCCCUGGCUGCGCAGCUCAUUCCGGCCUUCCAGGAGGCCAUGCAGGGCGCUGGCAUUGGCGGCCGCCUGUUUCUCACCUCCAACGAUGGCACCCUCAUCUCAGCCGAAGCCGCCAUGCAGGCGCCGAUAGUGACUUUUCAGAGCGGUCCAGUCAACUCCCUGCGCGGGGCGGUUUUCUUGAGCGGCAUGAAGGACGGCCUGGUCAUCGACAUAGGGGGCACAACUACCGAUGUGGGAGUGCUCAUCAAUGGCCUGCCACGGCCGGCGGCAGCGACGGUGGACAUUGCUGGCGUGCGCACAAACUUUGCGCUGCCAGACGUUCUGAGCAUAGGCCUGGGAGGAGGCAGUCAUGUGGAGUGGAGGAAGCAGAAUGGCACUUGUGAUGUGGGUCCCCAGAGUGUUGGGCACGAAUUGACUAGCAAGGCCCUGGCUGCUGGGGGCAACGCUUGCACAGCCACCGACGUGGCUGUGCUGCUCCGCAAAAUGGAGUUUGGGGAUGUGCCAGUGGUGGUGGUGGGGGGAGGAGCGGCCCUGUGCAAUGACUCACUGGAGGGGGCUUCCUCAGUCAUCCGACCGCCCUUCGCAUCCGUUGCAAAUGCAGUUGGAGCAGCAAUCCCCCAGGUGAGUGGCAUGGUGGAUGGGGUGUAUGCAUUGGGUGGUGGCGGAGAGCAUCGGGCGCGAGUGCUGGCAGAGGCAGAGGCUGCAGCCAAGGCGCAGGCUGUCGCUGCAGGCGCCCACUCAGAUACCUGUCAGACGGUGGUGAAGGAUGAGAUUCCAUUGGCAUACGUGCCGGGAGGGGUAGCAAGGGUACAUAUCAGGGUUGUGGGGGAUCUAAAAUACCUUGCGCACACCGCGGCAAGCAUGUCUCCACCAGAGAGCCAGCCUGCAGUGGGAUCUAUGACUGAUAAAGCAACCAAAGAGAGCAUAUCAGACAGGCAGGCCACCCAUGCAGAAGCUUCAGGCUGCGGCAUUCUUGGCACCGGCGGUGGAGGGAGCCCCUACAUCAACCGACUAAAGGUCAUGAGAGAGUUAGACAGAGGUGGAGUCAUCCGAGUGAUAUCAGCAGACACAGUGCCUGAUGAGGCAAUGGUGGCGGAGGCCGGCGGCAUGGGAGCGCCCACUGUGGGCUGUGAGAAACUGGAUGCAUUUGAAUGCGAGGCUGCCCUAAGAGCCCACGCGGCAGCAGAUCCGCUCAAGCGGCCGCUGCAUGCGGUGAUGAGCUGCGAGAUCGGCGGAGGGAACGGCCUGGAGCCCCUGGCCAUCGGCGCGCGCAUGGGCUCGCCCAUCGUGGAUGCAGGCUUCAUGGGACGCGCCUUCCCUGAAGUCCAGAUGAUGACAAGUGCCAUCUACGGGCACAGCCUGACGCCGGCAGCGCUGGCGGACGAGAAGGGGAACGUUGUUGUGGUGCAGCAUUGCGCAUCUCCCCAAUGGCUGGAGCGCCUCCUGCGGCCUGUGUGCACGGCAAUGGGGUGCGCGGCGGGGCUCUCCACGGCGCCGCUUACGGGCCGAGAGCUGCGCCGCGUGGCCGUAAAGGGGACCGUAAGCCUGGCCUGGCGCCUCGGCCGGGCCGUCAUUGGCGCGCGCGAUGCAAAAGCCGACGCCGUCCGCGCGGCCGCAGCCGAAGGCGGCGGCAAUGUGCUGUUCACUGGCAAGAUCACAGAUGUGGAGAGGGCCACGUCGGAGGGGUUUGCGAGGGGGCAUUUCAGCGUCGAGGACCUGCAAGACAACCGGGGGCAGCUCAUGACUAUCCAGUUCCAGAAUGAGAACCUGGUUGCACACGUGAAUGGGCGCCUGGUGCUCAGUGUGCCUGACCUAAUCUGCUGCCUCGCCACUGACGGGGGACAGGCACUGCAGACGGAGGAUCUGCGCUAUGGGCUGAGGGUGUCGAUUGUGGGGCUGCCAGCACAUCCCCUCCUGCGCACGCCAGAGGCCUUGGAAGUGGUGGGCCCUGCCGCGUUUGGAUAUGACAAUUUGCAUGCAACUGCCCACAAGUGCAGCGUGAACUAA